UUUUGCGGUUGUUGAAUGCUGCCUGCUUAAAGGAAAAGCAGCAUUUUAUUAACCCAGCUAAAAGGCUGUCUCGUGAGGAGAUAAAGACAAAGUCAACGGACACCGCAAAGUAAAUAGCAAAAAUCCAGAGCAUGUUUGUGCCUUCUCCAUUGCUCCUCGUCUAAAACUACUUAUGUUCACCGAAACUUUCCAAAGUAGGCCGUUCGUGCAUACGUUUGUAUCCACCUCGACUCGGCUGGGCAUUUAGCCGAUGCCUUGGAGCUUGCAAGUAAUGUUAGAGAGAAGUCCUUGGUGUUCUCCAAAUUCGGUUGCAUUUUUGCAGAUAUUUCGUUACCCAACUCGAUAACUUCUAUGUGCGCUCGAGAAAGCACCAAGGACUCCAUAGUUUAAUCCAAAGUUGCAAAUACUACCUUCUACUCAUCUAGUGGUACUUCACAGAGCUUUCCACAAAAACUCGGAGAUUUUCUCCGCCCAAGACUUUUUCCAGGCUACUGGUGCGCUUGCGCCAACUCAGUUGCUUCGCUGCGGGAGGCAGGUCCAGAUUAGACAAAGGCGGGCGCGCUGUCAAGGCGUCAUGGAGGUGGCUGCCGGCUAUUGCGCGGGUGGUGGAUGGGAAUGGCCCUUCUUCGCUCCGAGGUGUGGACUGCAGCGAAAAGGGGAUGUGAUUCCCUUUUUCCUGGCCCUCUUGGUCCCCGCGGGAUGGCGGCGAGGUCGUCAGUGGUAGAGGCGCUGGGUCGGCUGUGGCAGGUGGAGGCCCUUCUGGGUAGCGGGGCCUCGGCCGCUGUCUUCCACGCGCGCUGUCUCGGCGAGCCCGGGGUCCCACUGACCGCGCUCAAGGAGUUUCUCCCACAGGGGUCCGGGCUGCUGGCCCUUGGGGACGACGUCGAUUACGGUUUCAGCAACGAGCGCGCCACGCUGGAGGAGCUGCGAGGCCACCGUAACAUCGUAACUUUAUACAGUGUGUUCACCAACUGUUCUUCUGCCAAAGGUCCAUCGUAUUGCCUUUUAUUAGAGUUUGUGUCAGAGUUGCUUGUGCAUUCUAGUCAGCCUGGCUGUUCUAUGUGGAUCACUCAGCACUGUGCAUGUGAUGUCCUGGAAGCCUUGAUAUACCUCCACCAUAAAGGUUAUGUCCAUGCAGACCUGAAGCCACGCAACAUUCUAUGGAGUGCAGAGGAAGAGUGCUUCAAGCUCAUAGACUUUGUUCUUAGCUUCAAGGAGGAGAAAUCAGAUGUGAAAUACAUCCAGACUGAUGGAUACCAAGCACCUGAGACUGAGCUACAGAACUGUCUAUCCAAGACUGGACUCCAUGGUGGAACGGAAUGUACUUCUGGUGUUGAUCUUUGGAGUCUUGGAAUAAUAUUACUGGAGAUGUUCUCAGGAAUGAAAUUGAAACAUAUUGUCCAAUCUCAGGAAUGGAGGGCAAAUAAUUCUGCCUUUAUUGAUCACAUUUUUGCCAACAAAAGUGUGAUAAAUUCUGCCAUCCCAGUCUAUCACCUCAGAGACCUCCUCAAAAGUGCUGCCACCGCUACACACACAGGGCGCCGUGUGGUGAAAAUGGGAUGCUGCAUGGUGAAAAAGACUCCUCAUAUUGAAGAUUUGGUGAUGCUUCCCACUCCAGUGCUAAGAUUGCUAAAUAUUUUGAGUGAUGCUUCUCUUCAAAAUGAAGAAGAAUUUGAAGAUGUAGUGGAUGACAUAAGGGAAGAAUGUUCCAAAUAUGGACAAAUAGUUUCCUUAUUUGUUCCAAAGGAAAGUCUAGGAAAAGGACAUGUUUUAAGGAUGAUGGCUUCAAAAUCUGCAGCAAUGUUUGUUAACCUUGGCAUGUUCAUUCUUCUGAAUACAGUUUUUGUUGAGUAUGCCUACGCUGGUGAUUCCAAAGCUGCCCAAAGAGCAUUGACUGGGAAGAGAUUCAAUGAGAUUUCCUCUUGUGAUCAAUCUUGCAGUCACCAACAGAGGCUCAUAUACCUUCACAAGAAGACAUACCAGGUUUAGGAUUUAGCUAAAGCACAUUGAGAGGGGAAUAAGAAGAUAGUAGGAAUGAAUAUUCCACAAAGUUUUUGAACUUCUUUUUGUAGCUAAAACUUCUCUAUACUAUUUGCUACUGAAAUUUGAUAGCAAAAUGAUGACAUAGUCACUCACUAUUUUUACUGGUAGGUUAAAGGAAAUACAUGUAUAAGAAUCUAAAAGGUUUACUGCAUCUAUACAAGGCUUUUAAAAAUAUAGAAAAACAUAAAACUUGAAUAAAAUAAUGAACAGGAAUCCUGUCCACUCUAAAAUAUCAUGAUACUAAGAGCCUGUCUGCUGUGGUCCUGAAUAGAUUAAAGAAAAUUAACAGCAGUUCAAAAUUGUGCAAUAAAGAGGAAACUUCUGCCUACUAAAUCCUAGAACAUGAAUUCAAAAUUGCACCUUUUCAAGAAAAGAAAUUAAGAAGUUCGAGAUUCACAAAAUACUAACUUGUUUAUAAGAUCUUAUAUUCUACAUUGAUAGAAGACAAACAUGGACUUGCACUUAGCCCUAACUUAUGAUUCCAUGUGACAAAAAAUGAAAAUGCCCCUGUAAAAAUGAAUGGCUAUUAUAUAUUUUAACAUUUUCUGAUAAUGUUUUUUUUUAAUUCUGUCUGUUUUGGAUCAGCUCAUUCAAAUUUCAUUAGAUUUCUCAUCUUUCAAAGUUUGUUCUGGGCCUUGGAUUUAACAGUAAUCCAUCAUAGAACUUUUGCUCUGUUUGCAAUUAAAUAUUUAGAGGCCAUUUCAAGCCAGAAGUUAUAACUUCAUUAAAACAUGGGAAUCAUCAUACCAGCAUGCCAGAACAAUGACUCCAUUUGCAGAUGAAUACUAUAUACAACCUUGCACUUCUCACUAGACCACACAUUUCUCCUGAAAACAACUAUUGUUGGUUAAAUUCAGUCUGUUUGCUCUAAGAAAGAAAGUGCUAGUGCCUGUCUCAUUGUAUUUAAUUGUUUUGGUGUUUAUCUAUUUCCUAUGCAAACUGUUCGGGAAUCAACUGUUCUGUUCAGCUUAUUUAAUAUCUACUGCUUUGUACGUCACUGUUGAGUAGGUUGGCAUGCAAAAAUUCAUUUUUGAAUAAAAAGAAAAGGUAUUUCAA